CUAUUACGUAGAAGAAGAGCGACGUAAACACAUGCUUGUCGAGUGCUGACAUUAUGGCAACGGUACAAGUUAGCGAGGCUGAAAAAGUGUACAUUUUACACGGUAUACGGGAUGAUUUGAGAGUGGAUGGAAGAGGCUGUGAAGACUACAGACACAUGGAGACAGAGACUGAUGUGGUGUCCAACACAGACGGUUCAGCCAAAGUCACACUGGGGCACACAGCAGUUCUAGUCGGGAUUAAGGCAGAAAUCAGAAAACCAAGACCCAUGUUACCAGAUGAAGGCUAUUUGGAGUUCUUUGUCGACUGUUCAGCGAAUGCUACUCCUGAAUUUGAGGGCCGAGGAGGUGAGGAGUUGGGGACAGAGCUGAGUAACACUCUCUACAAAGUCUUCAACAACAAACACAGUGUGGAUCUGAAGAGCCUCUGUAUCAGUGCAGGAGAACAUUGCUGGGUCCUCUAUGUGGAUGUUCUUCUCCUACAAUGUGAUGGAAACCUGUAUGAUGCCAUCUCCAUAGCCAUCAAAGCAGCUCUAUUUAACACAAAAAUCCCCCGAGUGCACAUCUCAACAGACGACGAAGGAGGGAAGGAAAUAGAGCUGUCAGACGAUCCGUUCGACUGUAUGAGACUCAACGUAGAAAAUGUUCCAUGUAUCGUGACCUUGUGCAAGGUGGGCCACAGGCAUGUGGUGGAUGCGACUCUGCAGGAGAAAGCCUGCUCGGUGGCCAGCCUCAUCAUUUCUGUCACGCACAAGGGCACCGUCACCUGCCUGAGGAAGGUGGGAGGAGGCAGCCUGGACCCAGAGAGCAUCUUUGAGAUGACAGAGGCAGGUAAACGGGUGGGAAAAGCCCUUCACACUCCACUCAUGAAUCUGCUGAAACAGGAGGAGAGUCUGGGAAAAACAAGACAGAAAGUAGGAUUCCUCGGUUAGACUCGUGUUAUAUAUUUACAUAAUUUUCUAAUAAAACUUUGUAAAUUCA